AUAAAUCAUAAAAUUCGGCUAGUUAAUGCCAGUAGUGGGAUGCGACAAAUUGGUUGAUAACCAGUGCCGUGAUAGAAUAACAGUUGUGGUAACUUCUUCACGUGCUUCAUCGGUUCAUCGCUUCGCCAACCAUCGGAGUUAGUGGAGGAGGCCGUCGUCGUCGUAGUCAGUGUUCAACCUUCAGGCGGCGUGUAAGCAUGCGUUUCUGUUUCUAGCGUUCGCGCCCUCGAGCAAUGCGAACGGAAAUCAGAGAGCGUGCUUCUCUUCACCCCGGUAAACUGCAUGCUUGAUGUCGUUCGUUGUAUGGUAUACCUAGUAGCAGGGCAGACCAUCAUCAGGAAGGAAAGCUUUCAGAAUCAAAAUAUUGGACUGCCGAUAGUUCGCGGCGCGCGGUACGCUCUUACAAACCGGCCAGCUCUCGCGCGUGUUGUAGGCGUAGAAAUAGAAUGCGUGCAUUCGUCGGAUUUACCAACAACAGUGAACUGCAAGUCCAUCGAAAGCCGUUCUAGCAGCGUGAGCUUGUUGAUAAGGAUUAUAAUUGUAAAAUGAAAUAUCGUCAAGCCAAGCUCAAACAAACUACACGGUUGGAUCAUACUGAUACGGUGCAGAAGAGCCGGCGCUUGUUCAAGAGUGGAAGCGUAGCUGGAUUGUUGAUGAUGGGCAAAUAGAAUCUACCGAAAUGGGAGAACACGUCAUCUGUGCCACAGGGAAGAGUUAGGAAGAGAAGAAUAUUAUGAUUGAACUUCGGCCAGGUGAUGAGUGAUGCGAAAAUGAUUUCAAAGAUGGGAUACUACAAUGCUUUGGAAGAUAGUGAUUUUGUAACAGUGAAACGACACAAAAGUGACAUAUACAACUCGUACCACAAGUAUAACUUCUAUAAUUUUCGUUGACAAGCGGAAUUUGAAAAUGUCAUAAUGCUAGUAUCCUACAGGAAGAGAGAACCAACAAGAACCAGAAAAGGAUACACAAAUUGUAAAAGAUGUUAGCAAGCCCCGCCAAGACAUUCGCAGACGGAAUGGAGCCAUCGGUGGAGCUGGACACGACGACAGUACGCGUAUUUGCCGACCGCGUGUCGGUCAUCAACGAGGACCUGUUCAUAUGGGCUAUCAUCGACGGGGUGCUGAUGAUUUGCAUUCUGUGUGGAAACAUUCUCACCAUCCUGGCAGUGCGUUAUCACCGGCGGUUGAGAUUGCUAAUUUCGAACCUGUUCGUGCUAUCGUUGGCCCUGUCGGACAUAUUUGUCGGAUUGACGCUGCCGUACCACCUUGCCUUCUACAUGGGAAACGAACUGGGCCGGCAUAAACACUUUUGUUUGUUGCGAUUCUUCAUCCUGAUUAUCGCGUGCAGUGUGUCUAUUUGGAACUUGAUUGCAAUCGCCGUGGACAGAUAUAUUGCUAUCUGCUAUCCACUGCACUACACACGCCUGAUGACAAAAAAGGUGGCCUUGGUGAUACUGGGCUUCGGGUGGUGCCUGGCCUUCCUCAUAGCGACCAUUCCGCUGAUUUGGAACAAGUGGGACACGGCGAUGGAGUGCGAAUUUGAUGAACUCCUCUACCCCUGGUAUGUGGCAGGAGUGAUAACGCCAAUCUUCUCGCUGGUGUGGUUUUGUUUACUUCUCGUUUACUGGCGAAUAUGGCGAGAGGCGGCCAAACAUGCCAAACAACUUCGAGCACACAACGCCCAGGAAAGCUCGUCCGAUUGGAAAUCGGUUCAGGUCGUCUUGCUCAUCAUGGGAUGCUUCACGCUUUGCUGGCUUCCGUAUUUUGUCGUGAUACUAACGCAAAUAUUUGCCCUGUUCGACAAAAACUCGCCAACCCUGUAUAAAGCGGUGUUUUCGCUGGCAAUGGCCAACUCCAUGAUGAACCCAGUGAUUUAUGCGUGGAAGAAUACUAGCUUUCGUCACGCAUUCACAAAACUAUUAACCUGUCGAAAGCCUGAUCAACUGGAUGGCCCACUAACGGGCGAUAGCCCGAGGAACAAAUCUUCCAAGAAGGAUGGUUCCAAGUCACACCAAGACACCGAAAAUGCCCAUAACAACCGAAAUGGACAAAACAAUGGUGUAUCGAGGAGUAGUCAGCUAAGCGCAGCUGAGUCUGUGGCACAAAUUAAUGAAAACGAAAUUACAGUCAUUUCAUCGCUCCACGAGGAAGCGGUUCAUAAUCACACCAUACAGUUGGCACUGGGAGUGCCAAACAGCAGGGACUGCAGUACCAUGACGGGACCAGCAAGUAUUACAACGCACAUCAUCAAAGGGAAUGUGAUAAUCAAUAACUAUAACCUCUACGAAAGCUUCUUGGAUGUGAAAAACGAAAACAACAGGAAAAACGGAUCAUUUUCCAGUAAAAGCUCCGCCACGAAAGAGACUGAUGAUAGCAUGCAGAGCAGGGAGAAACAGACAAGCGAAAAUGACAAAACAAAUGAUGACAAUCACAACUGUGAUAUUGGAGACGAUAUGGGUACAACCAAUCCAUGCUUCCAAGAAGACAUUACACGAUUGUAGGUGUAGACACUGUUAAACAAAAUGAGUAUUAGCCAUCGAUGAAUGUACAAACUAUAUGCAAAUGUCAGCCAAGAUGGAAAAUAAAAGUUUAAGAUUCUCCUCGUUAAUAAGUAACAA